AUGGAAAUGCACAGGCUCGCCAUCUUGCAAGCGGGCAUUGAGUACGUUCGAUAUCUCGAAAGCUGCGUUGCCCAGCUGAAGACAGAGAAUGAGAAGCAGAAAACGAUGGGGAUGCCCAGAAUGCAGAUGAUUGAAGGUGAUGAAUUCGGUGAUGAAGAGGAAGAGGAGGACGAGGUUGAAGACGUCCCUCCACAGAACAAUCCCACCACCGCUCGCGGCGACCGCAAUGCUAGAUGA